AUGUUUGGACCAGGGCUUACGGCAGAAGAGAUCAAGUCUGUGAUUUCCUCAUUUACGGACGAGCAGAUGGACCGAUACGAGACGUUUCGCCGCGCAAACAUCAACCGGGGCGGUGUGAAGAAGCUCGCGAACGCGGUGCUGAACCAGUCGAUCACGAACACGGUCGCGGUGGCUAUCUCUGGGUUUUCAAAGGUGUUUCUGGGGGAGGUGAUUGAGCGGGCGCUGGACGUGCAGCAGAGGAUGGAUCCGGGGGAUGGAGUGAAUCCGUACGCGGCGCAGAGGCCGUUGCUGGCGGUGCAUAUACGGGAGGCGUGGAGGCUGUAUAGGCAGGAGACGGGGAUGGUGCCAGCUGCGCAGUGGAGGAGGGAGGGGCGGGGGGAGGGGCGGAUGUUUAGAUGA